AUGCCUAAGGAGCAAUAUAUGUGUCAAUUAUGUGCCAAUCAUGGAAUUUUCAAUCAACCGAAAAAGGGACAUAAACAAAAGUGUCCUUAUCGAACUUGUCCGUAAGUUUAAAGUUUUUGAGGCUUGGAGACUCUGGGUCAAGCUUGAAUUUUGUUUUUGAAACUGCAUAAUUUAGGAUUUCUGGUGCUUCUAAAACUCGGCGGCUUUGUGAAACCUUCAGAUCAAAUUUUGAAACUCAAACUUUUCCAUUACUCUCAACUGAGUUCACUUUCCCAGCCCUCAACUCCGUUCCAUUAUUUCUACUCUCAAGUUUUUAGUAUAAUACAUUUUUAUAUUUUUCAGAAUUUGGUUCUUAUCACUGAUUUAGUCUUAUUUCCACCAAGCCCCGAAGCUUCUAGAAGUCUAUAGACCUUCUAUAGAAGGUUUAUUAUUUCGUAAAAACUUAAAAAAUCGUGUUUUUGCUUCAUUUCGAACCCUGUAAUUUCUGAACUUUUUGAAAUUCCUCCUUCCUGCUGAAUAAGUUCUACGGUACAUUUUUUUCAUUUUCAGUUGCUCGUUAUGUGCUCUUAAUACCAAAAGAAGAGCCUUGGAUCAAAUUGAAAGACAACUUAAACACACAAAUGAACAUGCCAGUCAACAACCACAUCAUAGUCAAGGUAAGCUUUAAAGAUUUUGAACUAAAAAUCUUCUACCAUUUUCCCAUGCUUAUCUAGAAUACAUUUUUCAUCCCAACUGUUUCACGGUACACGAAAAAAAAAGGCAGAUCGAUUUCUAGAUUAGCCAUGUUUUUGAUUUUCGAUUCGAAAAAAUCUCGUAGGUACACCUCAUUUUUCUCGAAGCAAUAAACACUCGACAAAUUUAUGGUCCGUAUCGUUGUCUUGUCACCUUACACUUUUUAUUAGCCUUCUUUUUUUUCGUCGGUCGGUGAUUGAAAAAUAUGAGGCGGCGGUGGUUUUGAAAAACAGAUAAAAGAACACGAAGAGAAUGAAUUGCAAAAUGAAAUGAAUUAUGAUGGAGUUAUGUUUCAGAAUGUCAAACAUCGCCCAAAAAUCAGUCACCGAGUUUAUCGUCGCCCACACAAAAUGGAAAUGGAAACGGAAUAAAUGAUGGCGGAUUUCAGAGAUCAAGGUAUUUUUUGGUCAAAAUUAACACUCUUCUGAAUUUGAUGUUUUUUUAAAAAAGGACCUAAUCCAGGGUAUUUUUAAGCUUCGAAAUGUAAUUUUACCCAAGCUUUGAUAUUUUCAGCUAUACUUUGAACAACGGUGCGUUUACUAUCCAACUUCCUGCUACUAUGACACGAAAGGAACUUAAGGUAAUUAUUUUUUUCACUAUCGAAACAUCUUCAUUUUUUCUCAUAGAUUCUUCGUCGAGAAGAUAUUCCACAAUCCCUAAAACGUCCCUUUAUCGAAAAUUCCAUCGAUUCUAUCAAAAAACACAAAAGCAUUUUUCAUUCGGCUGAAAUGCUUGCAACUUCGCCACAAUCUUCAUUAUGA